AUGACAAGAAAAAAUGCUGACAUGAGUGAACUUUACUCUUGCUGUCGUAAUAACGAUAUAAAUCGAGUAAAAGAAUUAGUUAAAACGUUAACUUUGAAUGAAAUAGAUCGCAUCGAACCCAAUGGAAGCACAGCUUUGCAUGUUGCAUCUUACUAUGGACAUACUGAAAUCGUUCGAUUACUGUUAGAACGAGGUGCAUCUCGUUCGAUCAGAAAUUCGCAUGGUUACACACCAGAAAUUGAAUCGAGAACACAUGAAGUCAAACAACUUUUUCUUCGUAAAAAUGAAAACGAUCGAUAUGUUUGUCAUAGUGGCCAAAUUCAAUGGAUGAAAUCUGAUGAGAACAUUCACAGAGAAGCAGAAAAAUGGCGUUGGAUAAUCAAACAUUCAUGGGAAGGUCGCAACCUCGAUUGUCUUGUGCAUGAAAUUCAAACUGAUUUUAUUGAUGUCGAGUUCAAAGAAUCACAGCAAUUCGAAAUAAUACAAAAGUUUUUCAAUCAAGCUAGACAAGAAAUGGAUCCUAUUUCUUUAAUUAAAGCAUAUACAGCCGAAACUGAUUUUUAUAAACAUCUUAAUAAACAACUGGCCAUAGUCGGUGGUAAUUUUAAAAGUACCAAUAGUGAUGUUAACCGGUGUGGAAUAAAAUGCUAUCUGCAAGUUAUCUUCACGCAUCGUGACUUUGAUCGAUUGAGUUAUAUUGGUGAAUCUUAUCGAGGCAUGUCAAUCUUUAAACAUGACUUAGAUCAAUAUGAAGUUGGAUCACAGAUAAUGAACAACUCGUUUUUAUCUACAUCGUCGGAUUAUCGAGUAGCGGAGAAAUUUGCAUUGGAUAAUAUUGACAAAAACCAAGAGAAAUAUACUGCAAUUUGUACUUAUAAAAUACAGAAUGUACGUACUGCAUUAAGUAUCAUGGAAAUCUCGGAAUAUGAAAACGAAAAAGAAGUUCUUGUAAUGCCGUACACAGCAUUUCGAGUGAUAUCGAUCCGUACGAAUUCUACUAAUCAAAAUGAUCAGCCGGAUUUUUUAAUUGAUCUUGAAGAAUGUUUACCAGCAAGUGAACACGGUAAUCAAACUAAAAAUUUAGAUACUCUGAAGCCGCUGACAUUUCGUAAAAAGCUCAAACGAAAAUUCAACAAAUGGUUAGGAAAUGAGAUCUAG